UUGACUGCUGCUCGGCCGUUCACUCUGAUUACAGCCGCUUCAGGGGAAGGACGACGGCAGGAGGCGAACACGGAGCCCGUUGGUGAUUUGAAAGCUCACCCUUCAGACGGAGAUGGCUGCAAUCAGGAAGAAGUUGGUGAUAGUAGGUGAUGGUGCAUGUGGGAAGACCUGCCUGCUCAUCGUCUUCAGUAAGGACCAGUUCCCGGAGGUCUACGUCCCCACUGUGUUUGAGAACUACAUCGCUGACAUUGAAGUUGAUGGCAAGCAGGUGGAGUUAGCCUUGUGGGAUACAGCUGGCCAGGAAGACUAUGACAGACUGAGACCACUCUCCUACCCUGACACAGAUGUUAUCCUCAUGUGCUUCUCCAUAGACAGCCCUGACAGUUUAGAGAACAUUCCUGAGAAAUGGACACCUGAAGUGAAACACUUUUGCCCCAAUGUCCCCAUCAUCCUGGUGGGCAACAAGAAGGACCUUAGAAAUGAUGAACACACACGCAGGGAGCUGGCCAAGAUGAAACAGGAGCCAGUGAAGUCUGAGGAGGGCAGAGACAUGGCCAACCGCAUCAGUGCCUUUGGCUACCUUGAGUGCUCAGCCAAGACCAAGGACGGCGUGCGGGAUGUGUUUGAGAUGGCCACCAGAGCAGCACUGCAGGUUCGCAAGCGCAAGAAGAGGGGCGGCUGCCAGCUACUGUGAAUGGGCAGAGCGUGUUGGCCAAUCAGAACCUGAGGGAGGAUCCCCCCCGACCCACAGAGCAAACUUGGAGAAACUUUAAAUCAAUGGCUUCCAUGGACUAUACUUAACUUCACAGAUGCAGAUAAGUCACAGGCAAGUAUGAAAGACUGACACACCUGUUUAAAAGCAAAACAAAUCAGCCUUUUUCUUUUUUAAACCCUUUCCUCUGCAACUCACAUCUUGUUAUUGCUUGUUCCCUGUUUGGUUUUCCUCCACCAGCACACCCGACAGUUUGUGUGAAGGAUUGCCCCUUUCCUUCUAUAUGUAUGGAUGUGUGUUUGUAUUUAUAUGUGCAUAUACUUUACAGAUAUGUCAUAUGUCUGCUUCUAUAUUAUGAUUGUUUACAGAGAAAGGUCUGUGGCCUACAUGCUCAUUGACUGUCUUUGUCUCACAGCUAUGACUUGCAGACAGUUUUAGAUCCACUGCUUCCCCCUGCUUCUCUUGAACUUGCGCAGUCUCUUUUUAUACAUCAGCUUCAGUCCCAAUCCGUCAUCUGUUCCUUAUACCACUAUUAAUUUUACACCCUGAAAUUUCUAUUUCACCAAGUGCUGUGUCAGCAAAGCUCUGUUUUCCACAGCUUUUUCUUCUGACACAAAGGACUAAAUUUAGAGUCUGUUCGCACUGCAUUAAUCCACUGAAACCUACAUAAACUGAAGCACCAGUGACUAUUUGCAUGGAGAGGUUCUGGACUGUACCUUGAUCUGUCUCUUCCAUGGCGAUAGCUUAAACUGGCACUGGAGACAGUGGUCUAUUGUCUUGGACACAAUGCUCGCAGUCACGCUCACACAGGCUCUGGCAGACGUCACCAAUGCCUUCCCCCAAAGAGUUCUGUCUCCUGCCUGAACUCUGUACUGUUUCAGAUCCAGUAUACAGUGUUCAUACAACACUGUGUACUGGAUUUAGCGAGGAUGAAUGCACACUGUAAUCUACCAGUUCCUGGAUGGACACUGUAUACAGCCAUAUUUGUAUUUAACAUAAUAUGGGCCUAUUCUGUGUAUACAAUUUUUAACUAAAUACUCAACUGUCAACAGUGUUACCAUCUCCUAAGGUUGGCUCACCAACAUUAAAUCUGUUGGCCACUUGAAAUUGGAGCAUGGUUGGUGUGUAAUAACCCUUUAUUUGACACUACAGUGACAUUCCUUGAAAUGUAAUUUGAUAAGCAAAGGAUAUCAUAGUGUGUAGCUAAUGUCCAGUUAAAAUGUUGCUCUUGAGUUGCCCUUAUUAAUUGGUGAAAUGGGUCCAAAUAGUAUGAACAGAGGGUGUGUAUGUGUGGGAAUAACAGAGGUUUGGCUCUAAUCAGAAUUUGUCAAUUUUUAAGUAAUAUUUACACCCAUGUGUCCAUAUGUGCGGUUUACAGCAAUUUUUUUUUUGGAAAAAAAAAAAAAGCCACAGAAUUGUAAUGGACAAGCCUGAGAACUAACUUUGUCUGUGGUUACAACCGAAUUUGAACUAUAGUUUCUCUGGACAUGUAUUCUCCUAAAUGACCGGAUCAUAAAACCACCUCAAACAUGCAGCCCUCUGAUGCCGUUAGCGUGUACUUUUCUAUGACAGCUAAAGCAAAAGAGAUGCAGUGUAGUCUGAAUCCAGUCCUGCCCAGAGAACGCCCUGAACACCCUGUAUGCAAGUGUAUUAAAUGGCCCCUACAUUGAUUUUGCCACCACCAUAAGGUGCAACUGUGGUGAUCUUGAUUUUAUCCCGUACAUUCAGAUCUACAGGUCAGAAUGUCGUAGGCCUGGGCUAAUAUCUGGACAGUGCCUCUGUAUUAAAUGUCAAACCUCAUAGUUGAAGAGAAAAUGUUGAUUGUGAUCAUGCUUUACAAACAGGGAUGGGAUGUGUUCAAUGUCUGGGUGAGACAAACAUGUUAAUAAAGUAUUUUUGAAAUACUA